ACUUUGACGAAUGUAAGGACGACCCUGACAACAGAUGCACCCAGUUCUGUCACAACUACAUUGGAGGGUACCACUGUUCCUGUCGCCAUGGUUACUUCCUGGACACGGAUAAACACACCUGCACAGUGAGUUGCACUGGGGAUCUGUCAGGGCUGAGCCAAGGGGACGUAUCCACUCCGUCCUGGCCCGCUUCAUAUGCAGAGAACGCCAAUUGUCAGUACACGCUGUCUGUGGCGGCCACCCUGCAACUGGAGCUGCACUUCUCUGACGACUUCGAUGUGGAGCAAAGCCCUGAUGGUCAAUGCAUAGACGCACUGAGGAUUGAGACUCCCUCUGGGACUCUGGGCCCAUUCUGUGGCCAAACGCCUCCCCCCUCUCCUUUUCUUACUCACUCACAUCAUGUCGUCAUCCGCUUCACCUCUGAUGGUUACGGCACCAACAAAGGCUUUUCUUUCCACUUCAAGACCACAGAUAAGGUUUGUCCAGCGGUGGUGACCCCACACUCCACUCUAACUCCUCAGCGACCAGAAUAUUCUCAGGGUGAAAAAGUGACAGUAACUUGUGAAUUUGGCUACGUUGUGGACACUCAAGGCGCCCACGCCCUGUUGUCAGAGUAUGUGACAAAAUGUCAGAGUACAGGUGUGUGGACUCCCACUUAUAUCUGUGAACCUGUGGAUUGUGGUGUUCCCGAUAUCCCAGAAGAUGGCAUCCUGCAGUUGGUGGGCUCAGCUGACCCACACACUCAGUAUAAAGACCAGAUCCAGUUUAACUGCAGCUCAAAGUACUACAAUCUGGAGGGAGACG